UAAAAAUAAAAAGGGAAAAAAAGAAGUUCAUGUUAAGUUAGAAUUAUAUAAAUAAGGGGGGGCAAAAGCUCAAUAGCAUUGAUAAUCAGUGUGACAACAAACUUCCUUUACACGAAGCACCAAUUAAGAAGACUUUCAGUUUCAGCCACUGAAAAAAGAAACAGAGGAAAAAACAGGGGAUGAAAAUGGCCGAUCAGAAGAAUCAUGAGGAUGAUCAUGGAAAUGGGAAAGAGAAGCAUCAUCAUCCCACCUACCAUGGAGUCCGGAAAAGGAGCUGGGGAAAAUGGGUGUCUGAAAUCCGGGAGCCCAGGAAGAAAUCCAGGAUUUGGUUAGGAACAUUUGCUACUGCUGAAAUGGCUGCUCGAGCCCAUGAUGUUGCCGCCGUUGCGAUCAAAGGUAAGUCCGCCGUUCUGAAUUUCCCGGAAUUGGUUCACCAAUUGCCCCGUCCGGCGUCCAAAUUGCCCAAAGACAUCCAAACCGCCGCGGCUCAGGCUGCCUCAUUGGCCAUUUCCGGCGGCAGAGACGAAACAGAGGAAAAAUUGCCCUGUUCUCCAGAGGCCAAGAUCAUCAUCACCAAUUUGCUGAAUUUUCCUACCAUGAUGAUUCUCCAUGGCAGCUUAUUUCUUCUUCUACAGUUGUUGUUGAUCAGGGCUCCAGUAUCCAUGGUGAAUUGUGGAGUGAUCAGGAUUUGUUUUUGUGGGAUCAUAGUUGAAUUUAAUUAAUUACUGCCCAAUUAAAAAGUUUGUAAUUAUUGUUGAAUUAAUGCUGCUAAUUUUUAGUUUAGUUAUUAUGGAAGUUCCCUUUCUUUUGCAUCAUCAUCAUCAUGAAUUUGACCAAUAUUUUAAUUGUGUGAUGAGCCGGUGAAUGUCAUGAUGAUCAUGGACAGGAAGAAGAAUUACAGUAAAUAUUAAAUAAAUAAAUUGAAGAAUCUUCUGUGUCCUUUAUCCUGUGUGUGUGUGUGUGUGUUUUUUAUUUUUUUUUUGGAUGUGGUUAAAAUCUUUUGGCUUCUUUACUUGGGAAAAUUUCUAAUUGAAG